AGACGCUUCCAUUAUUGUUAUAAUUUGCCAAAAUAAAAGUUUUCCUUGUAUUUGUAUGAUUUGCAACAAUUAGAUAGUUAUGAAAACCGAAUUAAAUGAAAAAUGGAUAGUCUGUCGGGUAUGCCUUAACAAUCCCAACGAGGGCGAAGAUAUAUUGCAAGACAUAUUUAGCCAAAAUGCCAGCACCCGCCUAGAUCAGAUGCUGCACAUCUGUGCUGGGAUCCCCGUCAGCGUUGAUGAUAAUUUUCCCGACAAAAUGUGCAGCAAAUGCGUGCGAGUGCUGCGCGUGGCUUAUAAAUUUCGCCUGACUUGCCAGAGAUCGCAUCAGCAUAUUGCGGACAUGCUGUCCACGGAUAUGGACACGCACCUGGGAGCGGGCGAUGAUGAAGAGGCUGAGGCCGAGGCCAUUGCACGUGCUUGGGAGGAGCAGACAAAUCCAAUUAACGCACAAAUUAAGCUUGAACACGACGUUGAAGAUACGGCUUCCGAAUUUAUUAAUUACGUAGUCUCGGGUGAUGAUACGGAUGCCAUUGUUUAUGAUGCCACCAACACGGAGGAUGAGCAAAAUGCCGUUGUCUAUGAUGGCGCAACAGUUGUUGAGGUGGCGGAGGCAGAAAUCGAGACAGAAACAGACACCGAAAACUUUGCCGAAUAUGAAGAGCUGGAGGUCUUGGCGGCCGAAUCAAUGCCCCCAAGCAGCAGCACAGAACAAACUACCAGGAGCACACGGCGAAUUGUCUGGACCGAGGUGCCAGAUGACGAUGUCACCCAGGACAUCUUAAGCUCCGAUGACGACAGCUAUUUGCCGGAGGCUAAAGCGCAGCCGCGCCUUCUAAAUCGCGUACGACAGCCGCGCAAAGUACAACAGCGUCCCAAGAUGACGACGAGCUCAAUAAACGGCGAGCACGAGGAGAAGAAAAUGGGGCGCAAGCCGCGAGACAAGCACUCCAAUUAUAUUUGCGAUGUUUGUGGCAAUAUUUAUCCUUCCCAGGCAAGGCUGACCGAGCACAUGAAAUUCCAUAGUGGCGUCAAACCGCAUGAGUGCGAAAUUUGUGGUCGCGGGUUUGUUCAGAACCAGCAGCUGGUGCGGCACAUGAACACACACACUGGCAAUCGACCCUAUAAAUGCAAUUUUUGUCCAGCUGCAUUCGCCGAUCGCUCCACCAAGACCAAGCAUCAUCGCAUACAUACGAAGGAGCGCCCAUACGAAUGCGAUGUGUGCCUUAAAACCUUUACCUAUUCAGACAAUCUGAAAUUCCAUAAGAUGAUACAUACAGGUGAAAAACCGCACGUUUGUGAUCUGUGCGGAAAAGGUUUUGUUAAGGCAUAUAAAAUGCGUUUGCAUCGUGUGACGCACGAAAAACGAGGACCCUGGAAGCCAGUUGACUUGGAUAUGGAGACAACGGAACGUAUUAAGGAUGACAUGUCCGAUAUGGUUAUUGGCAUUUUGCCAUCGGCUUAGGCCUCGUACAAAUAAUUUUAAA